UUUUUAUAUAUUUAUUUACAACAACAACAAAUGAAUAGCCGAGAACAGGCUAAAGCUUUAGGAUUAGAAGAACAUAUUACCUGCUCUCUUUGUCAAGAUUAUUUGUCGGAUGCUGUUACACUUACUGGAUGCCUUCAUUUUUUUUGUCGUUCUUGUUUAUUGCAACAUUUAUCUUCAGCUGGUCCAGAUUCAAGAAAAUGCCCAAAAUGUAAAAUUGAACUUGGAAAUGAACAUAUUUACAAAAGGGAUUUGAGACUGCAGGAAUUGGUCUACAAAUUAGUCCCAGAUCUUUUUUGGCGUCAAUUACGUCGCGUAGCACGCCGACAACAUCGUUCCUCACGUGAUUCAAAUAAUGGUUCUUCUACUACUACAGCUACACCUUCCGAAAGACGAAUUCAGCAAAGGCGAAUGUUACUUCAAUUAUCAACUCAAUUAUGUUCUCCAAACGAAAAUAUUUCACUUCAAAUUGAAUAUGUUCCUUUAACAAAAGUUUUGGCUGCUAGUGGGGAUGAUUCUUUAGUGUCUUUAUCUGAAAAAAUUGCUGCAACAGAAAAUCAUAAGGAGGGAGAAAAUGAGGAUAAUCAACAACUUCUUGGUGAAGAACAAAUUAUUUUAAUAGAUCAACAACAAAUACCCAGCAGCAGUUCUUCCUCUCUUCCUCCUCCUCAAAAUAUUUGUGAGAGAACAACAACAGCAACAACAGUAGUAGAACGACAACAAAAACAAUAUUCAUUUUGUCGUUAUUUUCGUUGUUCUGCAAAAGUUAAAAUUGAACAAUUGAAACGAUUACUAGAAUCUAAAUUGGCAAUGUCUAAUUUUUAUGGUGUUUAUUUUGUUGAUCCAAAAUUGAAAUUUGUUUUGGAAGAUGAUUUUAGUUUGGAGGAUGUCGUUCAAUUAUUUAGUUGGUCAAGAAAAUCACCUCUUCGAUUAAAUUUUACAUUAGCUCAAUUACCCCCAAAAGAAGAUGAAAAUCGUCAACCAGCUUAUGAAGAUAUGCCACAAUUAGAUUUGGAGAGUGGUCCAAUGGAAUUACCUCAACAAGUAUCACCAAUUAUUACAACAACAACAAUAAAAUGUCAAAAUAAUUUAAAUGAAAUUCCAAUACAAGGACAAGAAAAAAUUGAAAAAGAAGAAAAAUUAAUAAAAGAAAAAUCUGUUGGGAUAAAUGAAGGAAAAAAUAAUAUUGGAGGUGAAGGAGAUGGUGCCGUUCAAAAAACCGCUUCAUUAUCUUUGCUUUCACCUCCUUCUGUUUGUAUUACUUCUUCACAAUCAUCCUCAAUUUCAGCUUCUUCUUUUCAUCAAUCUUCUUCUCAACAUCAACAACAACAAAAUCAAACAACAAAAAUAAAUUUAUCAAAAAAUAUUAUUCGUUCAUCAACACAAUCACCUCCAAAUUCUACAAAAACAACAAUUGCAAGACUUUCAACUGCUGGUGUUUCUCCUCUACGUCCGGUAACUUCUUUAAUUUCUCCACCACCAACAAAUAAUGGAACUUUGACAAAUAAUAAGAAACGUCAACGAAAUUUUUCUUCAUCCUCGCCAAAUAUUAGACCUAAAAAGGUACAAAAACAACAAGAAAAAUCUAUUAAAAUUGAUGGAGGAAAUAAUAACUGUGAACAAACAACAACAAAUCCUACAAAUGAAAUAAGAGCAAAUUUAACUGCUGGGGGUAGUGGUGGUGGUCAACAACAAAAGACUCCUGCCGGUGAAGGGAAAAGUCCGCGUAUAUUGAUUGAAACACAAUCUGUUCAACAACAAAUACCUCCGGUUGUCAACCUUCCUAGUGCUACCUCUAAGGCGGAAACAACAACAACAAUAACAACUAGCAGCAAUACAAAAACUAACAACAAAAAUACCUCUGAAAAUAAAACUACAAAAACAAGAACAUAUAAUCGGUCUAAACCAAAUAAAAAGCAACAAGAACAACAACAACUUCAAACAGUAUCUGAAACACAACAACAACCACCACCAGCACAACAAUUUCAAACACCUCAGCAACAAAUAUUUUCCAAUAAUAAUAAUCAUUUAAACAAUUUUUCUGCUACUUUUCAAAAUCAAUUUGAAGCUUUUGUUGCUGCAAAUACUACCCAUCAACAACAGCAACAACAACAAUAUGCUCAAAUAAGUUAUAUGCAAAAUAUGUUUCAACAAUUUCAACAAUAUCAACAGCAACAACAAAAUAGACAGCGAAAUCAACAACAAAUUCCUCAACAAACAUAUGAACAGCAACAACAAUUUGCUUUAUUCGCACAACAACAGCAGCAACAACAAUUAAGUCCUCAACAGAUUCGUGUAAUGCAACAAAUGUUGUGUGCUAUGGGAAUGAUUGCAAGUGUUGGUGGUGGUGGUAGUGGAAUUCCUCCUUUUUCUUCAGAACAACAGCAACAACAAAUUUCUCUUCUUUCUCCUCCUCAACAACAAAAUUUAUUUCCAACAAUUACAAACCACCAACAAUUAAAUGGGAAUACACCAACAAAAAAUAAAAAGGCAACAACAACAAUUUCUCUUUCUAAACAAAAAUUUAAUUCGUCUAAUGGGACAAAGCAACAACAACAAAUUGUUCCAUUAAAUAAUACAUUUUCACAACAAUCAACAACAACAACAAUAUUUGGAGAAAAUAAUUGUUCAAAUCAAUUGACGAAUAAUAAUAUUAAAAAAGUUUCAACAAUUUCUAGUUGA